GGCCAAAAUAGACAAAUUCAUAUCUCAGCCAAAUAACAUCGUAUACACUUGAAACUUUUACACCAACUAGGGUCACAAAGGUACUCCCUACUGCAAAAGUCUCAAAUCUCCUGUAUGCAUUUUUGUUGGUAUCCUUUGUAUUCAGGUGUAUUCUACUUUCCCUAUAAGAUUAACGCUGUUCUCUCUCAUUAUACUAGUCAGCGUGUAGCCUGUGGCGAGAAAAAAAAACCAAAAUAUUUGUUACAUACACAUACACACACACUUGUUCCCCUCGAGUAAGAGAUGGAAUAGGAAUUAGAGGGAAAGAACUCUGUGGAAUGAUACACAUACGAUUUUCUCUACCAUAACAAAAAAUCUUCUGUCUCAAGAAGUAAACUUGGUGGAGAUUUGAGACUUUUGCAGUAGGGAGUACCUUUGUGACCCUAGUUGGUGUAAAAGUUUCAAGUGUAUACGAUGUUAUUUGGCUGAGAUAUGAAUUUGUCUAUUUUGGCCGAUUUGCGCUCGGAAAAUCAGAAAAAUGGCUCGAAUUUUCGAAGAGCUUUCUGAAUAAAACCUCUUAGUCUUUUUACUACCACUAGGUAGGCAAUCGAUCCAUGUGGGCUGUAUUGGAAAAAGGAGGGUAACAUCUGUUUCCUCUAAGUAGAGCUGCGCAAGUCAAGUUAACGUUGACUUGACUUCUAAUAUUCACUAGUUCUUUAGUCAUCUCAAGAGUGCAUUUUUUCUUUUUUAAUAAGGAUAUUAAACAUUCAUAAAGUCGAGUCAUUUUCCAUGAUUAUUUAUUUAUUUAUAGAAUAGUUAUUCUAAAAAACAGGUCAAACAAAAGUAAUAGUCUAAAUAUCCUAAAAGCGUUAAUAGAUGACUUUAUAAUAAUGUAACACGAUGUGGACCAUACUCAUUCACAAAUAACAGAAAUAGAGUAUCGACAGUCGAGAUGAGAAGCUACACCUCACUUCAAUUUUUUUCCAAUGUAAAGAUUAAAGAGUCUGCCUGACGCGCCCUUCUCCAUUUCUUAUCUGUCUGCGAAACGCUUAUAGAUACAUAUAAACUUGAUAUAUGUAUAUAUAUAUACGUAUAUGCUCUAUAUAUAUAUAGACGUAUACCUAUAUGUAUAUAACGGUUUAUAUAUAGAAAAUUUUUCAUGCAUAGAAAUUAGUAUAUAAAAUGUACAAUGGCUGUCGUCCAAUAUUCAUAUCUACCACUAGUCUGUUGCAAAUCUUUAUUAUGAUUUAUGCCCUUCUUCAUAAUGAUAGUAAUAAUAAAGGUGUGAUCAGCAACAUUACAAGAGCAACGAGUUUACGUUUAGGUGCUCAGUAUGUUCCAUGUAUGAAAGGACUAUCAUUAUUCAAACAUCAUCGACAAUCUCCAUUGGAACAAACAACACUUUGCUUCUAUCAAAAUUUUUUGAAAUCAGUUUGUGGUAAUGAAAAUCCAUUUCAAUUAUAUCGUUUUCUUACUCCCAUAUUUCUUCAUCAAAACAUAUAUCAUCUCAUAAUUAAUUUACUUGUGCAAUUAUACGUCGGUAUCAAACUAGAAAAACAAUAUGGAUCACUCAUUAUUUUUGUCGUUUAUUUUCUAUCAGGAUUAGCUGGUAGUUUAUUGAAUGCAUUGUCACAUCCAGAUGCGAUGAUGACUAACAAUUAUGAUUUAUUUAUUGAUUAUUGUUCAAAAAAUGAAAAUGUUUACGGUUAUAUUGCAAUGAUUUUAUUUAGAAAAAGUGAUUAUGAACAAUCAUGGAUAUAUUGUACAAAAUCAAUUGAAAUGUUUGAAAAAUGA